AAUCUGCAGUCAGUCGUCGGUUGGAGUUUGAACGGUGGAUUUCAUGCGGAAGCGGCUCCAGUUGCGGGUGUCCGAAUUGAUUGUUUUGGAAAAUCCGUGUCUUAGUGCUGCGGGGUGUUGCGAAAAGUAGAAGGAAUUGUUCUCAGCUGUUAUUCGGAGCUUUGUGAGGAACGGUGGAACGGGAGCGAGGUUGGUUUCUUGCCGAGGAUCGAUGGUGUGGAUUUCUAAGCUGGGAAAAUCCUCCCGAGAGCAAGAGAGUGUGUCUGUGUGAGAGAGGAAUAGAUGAUUUAGGGUAUGAGCUACUCUUGUCCGAGUGAUAAAUAAUAAAACGUAAACAUAAAUAAAGUGAAAAGCGAUUCCUCAGCCAACAGUCGCAUGUGGAACGUGAUCGCGGUAGGAUAAUUGCUGCCGUCCGUUUCUAGUGGGAUCAAAGCGCGAGCUGAAGUAAGCCACAUUUAAAUUGAAUCACGGCACGGCACCCAUGUGAUAUAUGUAAUCGGAUUGGGAAAGUGUUGUAAAUUAGCAAAUUAUACUUUUUUUGCGUUUGUGCGUUUACUGGAAAAUUUGAACCCUUCAGUGCAGAUGUUCUCCAGCGCGUGGAAAGCGUGGUUCUAGGUGUGUUGGCAGGAAGAUAAAUUGCGACUGCUGGCAUACAAGAGGGAGCCUUAAUAUUACCACCGAAAUGUGCAAAGUUUUCGACCGACAGAGUGUUUUUACGGUUCAGCCGUCAUCGCGAAACGAGAUGGCAAACGUGGAGAAUGUUUAAUUAAAGGGAAAAGUGAAGAGAGAGAGCCAGAAAUAUGGAUGUUUGCGUUACACAUUUUCCACUUUUGCUGAGUGAAUGCAAGCCGUGAAGUGAAGAGUUUGGGGGAAGCACGAUUCGCCGGAAGGCUCUCGGCUGCGGUAUUUUUUGUUUUUCGACUGCGAAAGCAGUCGCGACGGUAGUGCAAGUUUAGAUAAUAAUAAAAACAGCCACUGUCUGUUCGUCAGUCAAACUAGAAUCGAUUUCGGGAGUUAUUAGUGAGUUGCAAAAUUGCCGCGGAGCACCCCAGGGAAAAAGUGGCUGAUGGAUGCCGUCUAAACAAGCACAGCAAUGUCGAGGAUAAUUGGAAUUUUGCUAACGACGCUGCUGCUGUGGAGCCUGGGUACUGAGGGCCUACGAACAAUACCUUGCAAUUGUUCCACUCCAAUAUCCACGAAAAAGACAGGCUUCGCAGACAGUAAUGAUCAUCAAUUAUCAUCAUCCAUACUGCCUGGUGGGUUGGACUCGGACCGUCAAGGUUUCGCCCGAAGCAAUACAAGUAGUAACAGAACAAGUACUUCACGAAGCCAAAGUUGGGAGCAGCAGAAACAGCAGCAACAUGUAGUCGGAGAAGGAAAAUUAAUUGACAAUAAACUGCGGGACAAACUACUUUCUUUCGUCGGCUCGCAUCGGAGGACCAAGCGGGAGGAUGUUUCCAGCACAGAUAAGAUAAAUAACUAUUACGCUAAACGAAUCAGUGAUGUGGAACCCGCAGUGGAGGGGGCGGAUAUUCCACGUAUCACCGAGGUGGUCCUUCCUGUCAGUAACCUAAGCGAGGAACGAAUCCGAGAGGAGAACGAACUGCUCGAACAUCUGAACCGAGAGCCGUUCCCGGACAGCCUUAGCAGCCCUGUCUCCACCAGUGGCGUCAGAAAGAAUCACCCAGGCAGCGGUAAAAAAGGUCGCCGAAGAAAAGGACACAAAAAGAAAAUCAAACGGAUAAAACCCACCGCGGCAUAUCGAGGAGUCGGGAGCGAACAGACCGGGCAGAUAAAUUCUUUGCUAACCAGUGAAACCAAAUUAUCAUUAAACGAAUCUGUGCAACCGAACCCGGGCCGCGGAGGGAAAAAGCACCAACAGAAGCUAACGGGAGUCAAACGAACUUCGCAAACGAGUUUGCCGGCUGCGGGGAAGAAACUUUCCCCAUCGAAAAGCUAUCCUGAUGGGGAGGGGUCAGGUGAUUCGCAAACUGUGGGUAAAUCCUCCGGAAAGCGGAUCGACAAAUGGGACAGGAAGACCGGCCGGGAUCUCGUCGUAUUAAAAAGUGAUGAUAUUUACGAUAAAAAUAUGCAAAUGGCAGUUCAAAAGGAUGCCACCGAGGACGAGACAAUACUGUUAGCAGACGACGUGGUUGACAGCUGGAGUGUACAACAGCUAACGGAGCAGCAGCUUGAACGGCCCGGACGGAAUGAACCACCGGCAGGUUAUCGGAAGACGCCGAAAAAAACGAACAAUCAAUUGAAAAAGUAUAAAAAAGGGGACCACUUGCUAGACCCGGGUACUAUUCUAACACUGCAGCAAGUGCCACCCGCUCCGGUAACCGAUCCGAGCACGGCGGUGAGCGCAGUGACGGUCGUCAGCUCAGCGGAGGACAUGCAUCGGACGGAAGCCGUGUCACUGCAGCGUAUCAUAAUUGCCGGGGAUCUGUCGUGCAUGAAGGAUGACUUUAUUCCAGCACCAGCGAUACCGAAUGCCGACAUCAAGUAUCUGAGAAACGAUUUGUACGGACUGGAGCACUCCUUCCUGGAGGCAGAGUACCAUUGCCGGACCGGCUUCCAACGACGACAGGCGCCGGCCAGGAGCGAAAACGAUUCCAAUCUGAUCUGUCGAAAAUCUCGCUGGAUAGGCAAGCGACCGUCCUGUGUGCGAAUCAAACCGGUUGCAUUGACAAUGCGCAGUGAAGGAGAUGGCAUUUCAUCACUACCCGGGGGAGCUAUCCAAAAGCAGGACAAUAAGUCAUGUGGCAGACAGCAUAACUGCCAGCAAGUGUGCCACAUAGGAAAAGACAACGUCGCACGGGUGUGCUCCUGCUUCAAGGGAUUCAAAAUGGUUGAUGGGCGGUGUGUUGAUAUUAACGAGUGCACCGAGUACGGGGAAGACAUUUGCGAAUACGGAUGCUCCAACACGGUCGGUUCGUUCAUCUGCAAGUGCCCGAAGGGAUUGCGUGUGUCCGACAGCAACAAAUGCAUGGACGUGAACGAGUGUUUGCUGCGGAACGGACACGGACCCUGCCAGGAUACGUGCAUCAACACUUGGAGCGGUUACCGGUGCAGCUGUGCCGGGUUACCGGGGACCCGACUGUCGCAGGAUGGCCACAGCUGCGAGGAUAUUGACGAAUGUACGGUCAACAACGGCGGCUGUUCGCACACCUGCCUAAACACGCUCGGGCGGGCAUUCUGCGUGUGCCCCGAAGGGUACAUGUUGGACGACGACUGGAAAACCUGCAUCGACAUUGAUGAAUGCUCGAAUCAGAAAUCGAUUAAGCAGGAGUUUCGAUGCCAGGGAAGCUGCAUCAAUACGGUCGGCUCGUACCGGUGUUUAGGCCAGGAGGAUGAACUGGAAGUGAAGGUGGAUGGUUUCGGAUUGCCGGCUGGUGGACAGCUGCUGCUGUCCAAGCAAUCGGACGAGCUGGCCGACGAAAGCGAUGACACGCUGUGCCCUUCCGGGUAUUAUUUCAAUACGACAAUGGGCGACUGUCAAGAUACGAACGAGUGUGACAACGACAACGCCGGUUGCCAGCAUCAUUGCAUAAACGGUGACGGUAACUAUUACUGCUCCUGUAAAUACGGCUUCAAACUGGAUCUCGAUAAGCACAACUGCUUAGUGCUCAACGAUUCAGUAAAGCUAGCCGACGUCGCUUGCCCGCCGCUGUUUCCACCCCGCCACGGCUAUCUGGAAUGCAGCCGACCGAUUGACGAGAUCUCGGACGGCCCGAACGGGGGUCGGCUGAAGAUCAUCAACCGACCCGGAAGUCAGUGUAUACUGAAAUGCCCCACCGGCUACCGGCUGGAGGGAAAGUAUUCGAAGAUUUGCGGUACGACCGGCAAGUGGAUUGGCGACGAGAGUGGAAGCUGUAUACGAUUUCCCCAACCGAGGUUGGCUUGUCCCACCAGUGUGAACGUCGAGCUACACCCGAACGAUACGGAUGUAACGUUGGUGAAACUGCGCCGUCCGAAGACCGAUGUCAGCUGGGAACGCGACAUUGUGGCCGAACCGUUCUGGGCCAAAAAGGACACCCUGCAGCUACCGCUCGGGUCAAUCAACAUCAGCUACACUGCCAAGCAUCCGGUUUCCAAGCUAACCACCAGCUGCACAUUUGCGGUCAAUGUGAUAGUUGGACGCCCUCCGGCGGUGGAUUUCUGCCCGGACACGCAAAUCUACACCAUCGAGGGUCGACACGAGAGCGUUAAGGCCACCUGGGAAGAGCCCAUCUUCUCGGACAAUGUCGGCGUCGUUACCAUCACCAAGUCCAACAGCCCCGGUACGGAUUUCGGCACCGGCAGUCAUCUCAUAACGUACGAGGCACACGACGAAGCCGAGUGGAGCGCCAAGUGUGUCUUCAAAAUCGUGGUCAACGUGAGCAAAGGCAAGGACGUUCAGCAUUUUCAGCUUCCGAUCCUGUACAAUCGGUUCUACUUUUAAUUGUGGUGAAACCCGCUUGAAAUCCAUCCCCCAAGGCAGUGUCCCAAAUCCCGGCUGAAAAGUGAAAGCUGCUUAUGAAAACUUUUUUUUUCGCCGCAACCCGCCGUGAAAACCCUCUUCGAACUUCGUUCUUUCGCUAAGUUUAGUUCAACAGCGUAGAAAUAAAAAGUAAAAUGCACUGGGUCAGAGUUGAAAACUGAAACAAACAAAAAAGAAGUCGGUUUAAUGCAGAACAAGUUAGUUUAACGGCUCGGUUUGAACUAUUUGCAUGCGACGAAAUCGCGACAAAGAAUUAAAAAAGAAAAUACAAACAAAAAAGUGAAAAUGAAAACAAUAAUAAAUUACUUGGAGAGAAUCAGAAUAACUAUUAUACAAACGCAGAGCGAGACAGACAGGGAAAAAGAAAGGUCCAGGACGGUAGGCGGGAGCAGCUUCCCGGCGUAGAUGAAAAUGGGUAACAGGAAUAAAUUAGGGAUAAGGACUUUUGUAAAUAGUUCAGGAUAGGUCAACUUGAGUAGAGCUGGCGUUGGAUUUUGCACUGUGUUGUGCAGCAAUCAAAGGGGCGUCCCGGUCGAAACUUUUGACCUUUUUUCUGCAAAAUCAUUUAUUUAGCAAGUUUGUUUUUAAUCAAUUGGCUGCGCAAUGGCGAGCGAGAAGUAACAGCCAUGAACAGAGGAGUGAAUAGUAAAAAAAUUAAACACGUAAAGCAUAAGCUUCUAUUUAUCUUCUUUUUUUGCUGAGCAGUAAGUGAUUAGAAUAAUGUUUUAGCACAUAAUGGACUUGUAGCUGGUAAGAUGAAAGGAAUAAUGAUGGAAUAAUAUAUAACUUUCAUAAAAUGUCCUAA